GGCAGCGCCAUGUCCCACAACACUUACAAUAAAAUAUGGGCAGAAGCCCAGCGGUCCCUCAAUGGCUUGCUGCAGAAGGAGAUAGAAGAGAAGUCCCAAAAGCCCACCAAAGACCGCCUUCUAGCGUUUCAGAUGCUGGGUACUUUCUACAUCAAGUAUGUGCAGAUAUUUCACAAUUUGGAGGCUGCUUAUGACCAGAUUGUUCACCCGCAAAAGCGUUUAAUUAUUCGGCAAGUGCUGGAUGGAGUGAUGGGCCGUAUUUUGGAGCUGAAGAAUGAAAUGGUAGAUUUGGAGUACUCAGAAUUUCAUUACUUUGAUGACAUCUUACAGGAUCUCAAGCUGCCCCCUGAUAGCAUUGACAUCCCCAUUCCCCGGUAUUUUAUUAAGGAGAAGCUGAAGGUGUUGAAAGAGAGAGAGAAAAUCCUUGCUCAGAUACUUCUUGAUGCUGGAUUGUAUGAUGAUGAACCAAAAAAACAGUUGAAGGUAAUGGUCUUGGAAGAAGCUGUUCGAUUAAUCCAAAUAGCUGAGCGUGCAAGACAGGGCCGGCUUAGGGCUACGUUCAUGAAGCAAAUCUACCUUGAAGAAAAAAGAGAGAGGCAAGCAAGACUUCAGGGCAAAAAAGGCCCAGAUGUGGAUUCUUCGGCAGUUUGUAUUCAAAAGUUUUGGCGUGGACACACCCAGUUGAAGAAGACUUUGAAAAUUAGAGACGAAGAAAUGAUAUUUCUAGGGAUGAUCCCACCUGCUCAUUUCCAAAGACCUAGUGCUUCUUUGAUUCGUGCCCAGAAGGUGGAUCAUCUAAGGUGUGAAAUUCAGGAGAUGCAUGAGUCAGAUUAUCAGAGUGCUCUGGUAUCCAUCAAAGAACGUGUGAAAGAAAUUGAAGGCCCUGACAUCAAAGAGAGUCUGCAGGAUCAGAUCCGCCAGUGGUUCAUUGAGUGCCGUCAUCUUACGGGAAGGUUUCCUGACUACCCUGAUGAAGAACAAGGAGGUUCAACGGCUAUUUUCUCUGAAAAAACUCCUGAGGAGGUUGUGGCUGAGUUAGCUGCUAAAGAAGCAGAAGAACUGAAGAAGAAAGGUCGAAAAAAAGGCAAAAAAGAGAAAAAAGAGAAAGGAAAAAAGAAAAAAGAAAAGGACGCUGACAAGAAACCAAAGAAGAAAGAUGAGGAUGAAGAUGAUGGCUGGAAAAUGGCCCCCAGUAACUUUCUCCCAAUAAUGGAACAAGGAAACAACAAGUAUAAAGAUGUCUGGCAGAACAGAGAUGAGGGAUGGAACUUCUCACAGGAGUAUGACCCAGAACUGAUCAAAGAGGAAAAGCGGAAAGAAGUAGAAGAAGAGAUCAGAGUGCAGGUAGAUGAGCUGAUGCGUCAGGAGCUAAAAAAUCUGAAGUUGGCUGUGGACAGAGAGGCAGAGAAAAAAACGAAAAAAGGCAAGAAAGGAAAAAAAAAGGGGAGAAGAAAAGGAAAAAAGGACAGAAGGAAGAAAAAAUCUAAGAAGGAUAAAGAUCUGACUCCUGACAGGACCAUUGAUUCCCUCUUCAAGGAACUGGUAGAAGAAAAGAUAUUAAUAAGAGCCAAGAAAGUAAAACUCAGCGACUAUGUGGGUGAAUACAGCUAUCUGGGCACUACACUUCGGCAGGUGGACAUAGAACCAAUGCCCUCCCUUGCAGAUGUCAAGCAGCUCAUCACACUGUAUGGAGUAUUGCCCUUAGGUUCUCAGUCUGUUCAUGAAAAGGCUCCCUUGGUGAAAGCCUUGCUGCUGGCUGGACCGAUAGGAGUGGGAAAGAAAAUGCUGAUUCACGCCCUCUGCACAGAAACAGGAGCCAACUUCUUCAAUUUAUCCGCAGCUAACAUUGCUGGGAAAUACCCUGGCAAGGCUGGCCUGCAAAUGAUGCUCCAUAUGGUGUUGAAGGUGGCCAAGCAACUACAGCCUUCAGUUAUCUGGAUUGGAGACACAGAGAAGACGUUCUACAGGAAGGUGCCAAAGGCUGAAAAAGAGAUGGAGCCUAAACGUCUGAAAAAGCAACUUCCCAAAAUUCUGAAAACUCUGAAAAUAGAGGACAGAAUCCUGAUAGUAGGGACUACCAAGAGACCUUUUGAUGCAGACCUCAAGUCCUUCUGCAAAGUUUACAAGAAAAUCAUUCUGGUUCCAAGGCCAGACUAUGCUUCAAGAUUUGUUUUGUGGAAACACAUCAUUCAGCAAAAUGGAGGGAUUCUUACAAAACAACUGAACAUCAGCUGCCUGGCACAGGUGUCUGAUGGUUACACUCAGGGGCACAUAGUGAAUGCAGUCCAAGCAGUCCUAACUGAACGACGCCUGAUGCAAGCGAUCAAGAAACCAUUGGCAGCUGCUGAGUUCCUGACUCCUCUAGCCAGGCAGGACCCAGUGUACAAAGAGGAAGAAGAAACAUUUAAGGCUUGGUACGCCAAGACCCCUCUGGGAAAAGCACGAAUCAAGUCACUGACGGCAACUGAAGAAACUGGGAAAGGGAAAGGAAAGGGAAAAGGGAAAGAUAAGGGAAAGGAUAAAGAGAAAAAGAAGGAAGCAAAGAAAGGUAAGAAGAAGAAGUGAAGAACCCCGGGGAAGACUUUGAAAAGCACAUCAUUGUUAACUAGUCCCUGUAGAGCAAAACUUCGAUGACAUCCUAACUCUCCAAACAGCCUCAUUCUCAAGAAUCGCCUGCGAAAAGCACUGGACAGGAUAAAUCAGUGUGACAUUUAAUCCCUCCCAGGUAACAAACUAAUGACCACUGAAUUUCUUUAGUAUCAUUUAGGCCACUUUUUAAAAAGCUAACUUUGUCUCGGAUGAGGAAUUUGAGUUCUUAGGAAAUUAUUAACUACCCAACUUUAGAUAGCGUUAUUAUUGUUAAUGGUUUUAUUAGUAGACGUAUUACAUUUAGGUCUUUCCCCUAUUCAUGUAAAUGCCUGUUUGGGCUCUUCAUGCAUGGGGGUGGGGGGAGUUAUAUCCUUUGGGCAUGACCCUUUCCCACACGAGGGUGCAGUGAACACAUAGGAAAGAACCCCCAUUUUUUUGCCAGCACAUGCAGGCCGAAUUCCAGAAUAGUGCAGGAAAUCGUAGGCCCUCCAUAUCUCAUAUUCAGAGCUCAAGUUACUUGCAUCAUGGAAAGAAAGUGAGCCCAUUUGAGGAAAGAGAGCUGCACAUAGACAUCCCAGUCUUUGGGUUGCCCCUGAGGCGCUGAGAGAGGGGCCAAACAGGGCUCUUUUGAACCCCGAGGGUACCCUUCUGUGUAUAGACACAGCACCCUAGUGUGUGGAAGGAUUGUACCCUCUAUGGUGAUGCCUUACAAACUACCUUUUUUGUUAUGUGGCUAGUGAUUAUAAUUUUCAAUAAAAUGGUUUAGAGCUGAAAA